UAAAUGCCCCGGCGCCCGGGCCGCGCCCGUGCCGUCCGCCCCGCGAUAAGUCUCCUCGCUAGACACAGCCACAGCCAGGAGGCAGCAGCGCGCAGCGAGCCGGCAGCGCAGGCGGCUGGAGGUCCCCGAGCGUCAAGCCCGGGAGCAUGAUCGUGGACAAGUUGCUGGACGACAGCCGCGGCGGAGAGGGGCCGCUGGACGCGGUCGGCGACUGCGGUCUCAUGACCAGCCCGCUCAACCUGGCUUACUUCUACGGCGCGUCGCCGCCCGCUGCGGCCCCGGGGGCCUGCGACGCCAGCUGCUCGUCGUCGGGGCCCUCGGCGCCUGGCUCGCCUGGCUCGGACUCCUCGGACUUCUCCUCUGCCUCGUCCGUGUCCUCCUGCGGGGCCGUCGAAUCCCGGUCGAGAGGCGGCCCCCGCGCCGAGCGGCUGCAAGUUGAGCCCCAUAUGGGAGCUGGAAGGCAACCAAGAGGACCCUUUCAAGGUGUUCGUGUGAAAAACUCGGUGAAGGAACUCCUGUUGCACAUCCGAAGUCAUAAACAGAAGGCUUCUGGCCAAGUUGUGGAUGAUUUUAAGGUACAAGGUGUGAACAUAGAGCAAUUCACAGAAUUGAAGAACACAGUAUCAUACAGUGGGAAAAGAAAAGGGUCUGAUUCUUUGUCUGAUGGACCAGCUUGCAAAAGACCAGCUUUGUUGCAUACCCAAUUUUUGACACCACCCCAAACACCAACACCGGGGGAGAGCAUGGAAGAUGUUCAUCACAAUGAAUCCAAACGUGAUAGCAGUGCCAAUCUGCUUCAGAACAUCAUGAACAUUAAAAAUGAAUGCAGCCCCGUUUCUCUGAACACAGUCCAAGUUAGCUGGAUGAACUCUGUGGUGGUCCCUCAGAGUUCCCCCAGAGAGCAGUGUCAGGACUUCCAAGGAGGACGGGUCUUCUCUCCACCUCAGAAAUACCAACCAUUCCAAGUUGGUGGCUCUCCACAAAUGAUGGAUCAGGCUUCCAUGUACCCGUACUCUCCGCAGAACCAGAACAUGCAGCAGCAGCAGCAGCACUAUACCCACAACCCAACUCUGGAAUACAGCCCUUAUUCCAGAACUUCCCAGUCCCCCAACUAUGAACCAAAUCUUUUUGAUGGUCAGGAACCACAGUUUUGCCCAAACCAAAGUUUUGCAUCCCUUCUAAGUAGUCAUGGGGAAUCUGAGAAUAUUGCUGUUCCCAUUCAUACUCCUCCCAGUGCCCAGCAACAAAAUGAUGCUUGCCUGCAGAACUUCAGCGUGAUGCCGGGCAGUGCCUGUGAGCCCAUGGGAGGGCAUGAUGCAGGCUCCCCUCCUUUGAACAUUUCACUGCCAUUCCAAAACAUCACCGGAAAUCCAAUGAACACCACACAGUUAGGAAAGUCAUUUUUUCAGUGGCAAGUAGAACAGGAAGAAAGCAAAUUGGCAAAUAUUUCCCAAGACCAGUUUCUUUCAAAGGACGCAGAUGGUGACACGUUCCUCCAUAUUGCUGUUGCCCAAGGGCGAAGGGCACUUUCCUAUGUCCUUGCAAGAAAGAUGAAUGCACUUCACAUGCUAGAUAUUAAAGAGCACAAUGGACAGAGUGCCUUUCAGGUGGCAGUGGCUGCCAAUCAGCAUCUCAUUGUGCAGGAUCUGGUGAAUCUUGGGGCCCAGGUGAACACCACAGAUUGCUGGGGAAGAACACCUCUGCACGUCUGUGCUGAGAAGGGCCACUCCCAGGUGCUUCAGGCAAUUCAGAAGGGAGCUGUGAGGAGCAAUCAGUUUGUGGAUCUUGAGGCAACCAAUUAUGAUGGGCUGACGCCUCUCCACUGUGCGGUUGUGGCCCACAAUGCUGUGGUGCACGAACUCCAGAGAAAUCAACAGCCCCAUUCACCUGAAGUUCAGGAGCUUUUACUGAAGAAUAAGAGUCUGGUGGACACCAUUAAGUGUCUGAUUCAAAUGGGAGCAGCAGUGGAAGCUAAGGAUCGUAAAAGUGGCCGCACAGCCCUGCAUUUGGCCGCCGAAGAAGCAAAUCUAGAACUCAUUCGCCUCUUUUUGGAGCUGCCCAAUUGCCUGUCUUUUGUGAAUGCAAAGGCUUACAAUGGAAACACUGCCCUCCACGUUGCUGCCAGCCUGCAGUAUCGGGUGACACAGUUGGAUGCAGUCCGCCUACUGAUGAGAAAGGGAGCAGACCCAAGUACUCGGAACUUGGAGAAUGAACAGCCAGUGCAUUUGGUUCCUGAUGGCCCUGUGGGAGAACAGGUAAGGACUACAGAAGGAGGAGGAAAUACCUUUAGGCACUCCCAUCUGAAACAUAAACAGAGGUGAGAUUGACCAGGGUGAAUGCCAGCUGGUGCUCUAAGUUGGGCUCAGUCAGUGUCCAGAUUUCACAGUGGUCAUUGUGGCACUUGGGAGUUAUUGCUCUCUUUCCAAACGAAGAGUAAGAAAUUUGAGAUUUCAUCCAUAGACCCAAAAUUGUCAGAGGUCACCUAAUCCUUUCUCCUCUUCCUUGACCCAAACUCAAUUUUAGAGUAAGUCAGAAUGGUUUGGGGUUAGGAAGCUGAUGAAAAAGCUACAUCUGCAGGUACUGAGAGAAGAGAAUCUUAAUUUUGUGAGUAAGCUAUGAGCCUUCCAAAAGGCUUAUGUGGGAAUUAAAUGAAUUAAUACCUAUGGCAUAUUUAGAAUAGUCCCAGGCACAUUAAUAAGUAAGUACUCAGUAAACACUGGCUGUUACAGUUAUUUCUAUCUAUUAACUGAUACUAAACAAGAAAAAGAAAGGUUAUUAAUGUAAUUGGAAUUUAGAAGUAUUUUGUACUUUCAACAGAAUUAUGCUUCACUUAUCAAAGAUAGUUAUAUAUUGUUGUUGGGGAUUGAGUAGUUUAUAUGAUUGAACUUUCUAGAUAACAAUAAUGUAAUCUUUGAAGAACUUAAAUAGAAUAUAUUUGAUGGAAAUCUUUCCCUGAGAGUAGAUCAUUGCAUAUACUUAUAACCACAAAAUAAAAUAUAUGGAAUACAAUUGAGCCUUUUCUUUGGUUCAUAGUCUCCCUUAUGACCAGAGUAUUAUAAUACCCAUAUUUGUCUAGCUCUUUAUAACUUAAAAAGAAUUUCUUCAUAGUUCAUAAAGUUUUCAUAUACAUUAUACUACUUAACAGAAAAAUUUGCAGUAUAAAGGUUCAGUUGAGAAAAUUGGGAUUCAGAGAGGUUGCAAGAACAGAGACCAAAAUCUCUAAAUAGUCAAUGGCAGAGUCCUAAGCCCAGUAUUUGCUUCUACUUCUUGCUUGUUUUAUGCAGCCAUAUAGCAGUGUUCUCGGGGGCUGUUGUGGUAUGGAGGGCUGUUUAACACCUCACUAAAUGUUCUCAGAUUAUUUUCCUUUCUGCUUCUGGAUAUUUUUGGAGUGGGUCUUGUGCCUUGCUUCUGUUGCCAUGCACUGGUCAUUGUGUCUUCUUCUAGCAGCUGUCAAUUGCAUCCCCUCCCUCAGUCUUUUUUCUUCUAAUUUGCUGCUUCUAAUCUGCUGUGGGUCAAGAGACAGAUAAUAAAAUUUGUCAGGCUGUGGUAUAAAAUAAAUCACUAGACUCAGAAUGAGCGUAGGGGGGCUUUCCUGUGAUCCAUAAAGUUAUGUGCAGGUACUUGCAUAUCAUGACAGCUAUCUUGACUUGAAGGGUAUCAAGGAUUUAGUUGUGUGUGUGUAUAAAUUGGGUUUUGGGUUCUUUUUAGGUGAGGCUGAUUUCAAGAUAAGUGAAUUGUCUUAUGUUGUUUUGUGUUGCAUUAAAUAUUGUGUUGAAUGUUCUCAAAAACAGCAGAAGUCAAGAUUAGGAAAGGAAUAUUGGUCUUACUUAAAUUGUUGGAGAUUUUCAACUUCAGAUAAUUUUUAAUGGCAUUGUUUUACUUUCUGGUACUCAUAAAGAUUAUUAUGGGAGAUCUGUAAUAAGCUUUAAAAAGAGCUACACUAUAUUUUUAUAAGUCUUCUUAAUAUCUUGAUAAAUAUUGUUGCGUAUUUGUUAAUACAGUAACAAAUAUGGGAAUGAUGCAGAGUAUAUAAGAAAGAAAUGAAACUCUCAGGGAUAUAUGGCACUUUGGCCACAAAAAUUAAAUCUCAUAUAUCCUAAUUUAUUUUAUUCCAGAUCCGGCGUAUCCUGAAGGGAAAGUCCAUUCAGCAGAGAGCUCCACCAUAUUAGCUCCACUGACUCGGAGCCUGGUCAGCAACACUCACUGUCAGUUAGGCAGUCCUAAUGUAUCUGUACAUAGACCAUUUGCCCUGUAUUGGCAAAUGUAAGUUGUUUCUAUGAAACAAACAUAUUUAGUUCACUAUCAUAUAGUGGGUUAUAUUAAAAGAAAAGAAGAAAAAAUAUCUAAUUCCUUCUGGCAGAUUUGAAUAUUUCUUACCCAGGUAUCUAGGAUCUAGACAUCUGAAUUUAAUUUGGAUGAUAAAAUUGACUUGAUUAAUAGUAGUUUUGGGGUAGGAAAACUUUGAUUUGUGGUAUAAGGCAUUAUUCAUGUAGGUGUUGCCAGUUUAAAAGCAGGUACACUGUAAGCAUGUCUUUAAGAAAAAUAAAAGCAUUUGAAAGGAAAAAAAUAAAUCUGGAUGUAGCGGGGAGACUUCUUUGGGUCUGAUGCAGUACCUGGCAGUUAGCAUUGGUUUUAGAAAGUCUCUAGUCAUUGGACUGGAUGAAAGGUGUCCAUGGAUAAAAUUUGAUAUUUGCUGUAUAUAAUUGUUAUUUUUGUCUUUAGAAAUAGAGAAUUUGUACAUAUUUGGUCAAUGGCCAUAUUUGAAAUGUAAAUUAAUAAAAAAGAAAAGAACCAGUGAACUUUCACUAUUUUAAAAAGUUAUACACAUUGAAAGGAGCCAUUAUUAUGUGAUCACUUAACUAAAGUCUCUGGAAGAAGCAGAUGGAGAGCUGGUCCCUUAGUGGCCAGCGGAGCUCUGUUUGAAUUGUUAACACCCUGUUUCUCAUGCAUUGAGAUGAGACAUGAUAUUUGUAUGGAAUUGCAUGCUCUUGAGGAGAGCAUCUCUUGGUUCCUCACUUUCUAGAAAUUAUAAUUUACAUGUUCUGUUGGAAUUUUUGUUUGACCUUUAUAGGAGUAACAAAACAUCGAUAUUGCAACAUGUGUUACUGGUUUUCUAAUGUAAAGUAAUGAUAAUGUGUCAUGAUGUUUUAUAUUACUGUUCACAAAAUAUGCUUUAUUUUUUAGUAACUUUCAUCUGUUAAUAUAAAUAGAUAUUAAUAUGUUGCUUACCUCUGACAUACUGUGAGGAUUUUAUUUGGCUUUGAUUACACACUAAUUCUUUGUAAUAAAUUCAAUUCAUUAAAAAUCUUUCCUUUUUUUUUUUUUUAAAUGAUAAGUCUCACAAAUGACUGACUGAUUGAUCAUCUUUGUAGCUAAGUACUUAAAUCCUUUUUAAAAAGAUACCCUUGGACCAAUCAUGUUGUUUGACCCAGUAUGUCUUGUGGACAAAAGGUAAUUUCAGUCACUUGGUAUCUGAAUAUGGUUGUGAUGUUAAAGAGUCCAUUCACAUUGGAAAAACUCAUGCAUGGUUUUAAAUAAACAUUAAUUCAAUAAUAUUACUCAUUGAAAGGAUGUG